UUUGAUUGAUAUCGACAUACGGUCUGUCAUCUUCAAUUUGAGUUUGAGGGCAAAAUAAAUGGUUCGCUAACAAAACAGGCGAAAAAAUACGCAAAAAGGACUGUCGGUAGCGCGCAGUCGAGCAGCAAACAAGAUGAACUUUCCGCUGGCCAACGCUAACAAGGACACCUUGCGAGCGGCCUGCAAAAAAUGCGGCUACGCAGGUCACCUGACUUACCAAUGCCGGAAUUUUCUCAAGGUGGACCCCAACAAGGAGAUACUGCUUGAUGUGGAGAGCACCAGCUCUGACUCGGAAUUGGACUACUUGACUCCGCUCACUGAGCUGCGGGCCAAGGAGCUGAAAGGCGGCGUCGAGGCGUCAGCUGCACUGCCGCCGCCGCUGACAACAAUCACGACGACCACGACUUCUGCACGCAAAGAAGAUAAGAGGCACAGCAGCAGCUCGAAGAGGAACAAAAAGGCGGCUGUGGAGGCCACUGACACGAAACCAACAAAAUCAGUGCGACACAAGAAGCGCAAGAAGAAGAAGAAGAGUAAGAGCAAGAAACACAAAAAGAGCUCUGAGAAGAGCGAGGGCGGCGGCGGCAAAACAAACAACAGUAAGUCGAACAGUGGCAGCGGCGGCGCCAACAGAGAGCUGGCCAAGAAGCACAGCAGUAGUCUCAGUAGCACAAGGAAGACGAAGCGCCGUCGCUCUUCCAGCACCUCAUCUUCCUCAUCGUCGGAUAGCUCCACAUCGGAGUCAUCCAGCAGCGACACUGAAUCGGAUUCCAGCGAUAACGAGGAGUCCAGCACCAGCGAAUCGGACGAAUACGGACGCAAGAAGAAGCGCCAGGGCAAGUACAAGCGCAAGGCGGAGGAAAUGGCCAUGCUGCGUCGCAAGAAGACCAAGGUGAAGCGCAAGCGUCACCGUGUCGGCGGGUCGAGCGCCCCAGCUGCAAGCAGCUACCUGAGCAGCCUCAGCGACAGCGACACCUACUAAACGCAUUGACUAACGCAGGAUGCAUGCCUGCCAGCAGCUAUGGUGCUGCUUUCGCUGUGUCUGUCCAAAGGCUGCACUAUCCGUAUCUAGUUUGAUUUCCGAUUAGAUGUAAGCAACGACGAUGCUGCGACGAGAUAUAUGUAUAUUAGGCCAUAAGUUAGUUUGUCAACUGUCGAAGCAGACAACAGACGGACAGAUUCCGACGAAAGGCGACGAUAGAUGGGGUCGGACGGACACACGUGCACUUCCACAGUGACGAGAAUCACUACCUUUAUACAUACGUACAUACAUACGAGUACUACCUUGUUUAUACGACGCUAAAGAUACACUAACUAACGAUAUACCCCUGAACGAGAAUCAGAGGCCAACCAAAACGUUAUCAAUUUUGUAGACUGCCGGAUGAAGCCAAUUCCGAGCUCCAAACAAAAACAAAAAUCACUGAACCCUAGACUUGUCCUAGCCCCUAGGUUUAAGCAACAGAAGAAACUGCAUGAAUUGUGCUGCAAAUACAAAAACAACAAAAAAACACGAAUGCAAAUCCACCACAAUGUGUAUA